GCCCCCGCUGCGCAGCCGCCGCCAGCCCGGGGCCCCGCCGCCGCCGCGGGCACCAUGGGCGCGGCCCACUCCGCGUCCGAGGAGGUUCGGGAGCUCGUGGGCAAGACCGGCUUCUCGUCAGACCAGAUCGAGCAGCUCCACCGGAGGUUUAAGCAGCUGAGUGGAGACCAACCCACCAUUCGCAAAGAGAACUUCAAUAACGUCCCUGACCUGGAGCUCAACCCAAUCCGAUCCAAAAUCGUCCGUGCCUUCUUCGACAACAGGAACCUGCGCAAGGGGUCCAGCGGCCUGGCCGACGAGAUCAACUUCGAGGAUUUCCUGACCAUCAUGUCCUACUUCCGGCCCAUCGACACCACCAUGGACGAGGAGCAGGUGCAGCUGUGCCGGAAGGAGAAGCUGCGAUGUGCGUGCGUCUCCGCAGUUCUGUUCCACAUGUAUGACUCCGACAGCGACGGCCGCAUCACCCUGGAAGAAUAUCGAAAUGUGGUGGAGGAGCUGCUCUCGGGAAACCCGCACAUCGAGAAGGAGUCGGCCCGCUCCAUCGCCGACGGGGCCAUGAUGGAGGCGGCCAGCGUGUGUGUGGGGCAGAUGGAGCCUGACCAGGUGUAUGAGGGGAUCACCUUCGACGACUUCCUGAAGAUCUGGCAGGGGAUAGACAUCGAGACCAAGAUGCAUGUCCGCUUCCUUAACAUGGAGACCAUCGCCCUCUGCCACUGACCCGGCCGCCCCGAGGCCGCCGGCCGCGCCGUGGCUGUCCUGCUGCGGCUCCCGGGGAGAGCCCCCCGCCGCUGUCUGGUCUGCCCUGGGGUGAGGUACGUGGGACUCUGCUGUUUUUAUCUCUAAUAAAAAAGAAACGGUUUGGUAAUGAA